UCUUCGUCAUUUCAAACCCUCCGUUUUCGGCCUCCAAACUCCUGAUCGCAGAGAGAGCGUAAAAUGGCUCAAGAAUGUCUCGUCCUCCGCGGCACCAUGAAGGCCCACACCGAUUGGGUGACGGCAAUCGCCGCCCCGAUUGACAACUCCGACACAAUCGUAUCAUCUUCUCGGGACAAGUCAAUCAUCGUCUGGAACUUGACAAAGGACGGCCCGCAGUUCGGCGUGGCCCGCCGCCGCCUCACCGGCCACUCCCACUUUGUUCAGGACGUGGUUCUCUCUUCCGACGGCCAGUUUGCUCUCUCCGGGUCGUGGGACGGUGAGCUCCGCCUCUGGGACCUUCAGGCCGGCACCACAGCCCGCAGGUUCGUGGGCCACACCAAGGACGUGCUGUCCGUUGCCUUCUCCGUCGAUAACCGCCAGAUUGUGUCUGCGUCCCGUGACCGCACCAUCAAGCUGUGGAACACUCUGGGUGAGUGCAAGUACACUAUUCAGGACGGCGACGGUCACAACGAAUGGGUUUCUUGUGUUCGCUUCAGCCCCAGCACUCUCCAGCCCACCAUUGUUUCUGGGUCGUGGGAUAGAACCGUGAAAGUCUGGAAUUUGUCCAACUGCAAGCUCCGUUCCACCCUCGCUGGGCACACAGGCUACGUGAACACAGUUGCUGUGUCUCCUGAUGGCUCUCUGUGCGCUAGCGGAGGCAAAGAUGGAGUGAUUCUGCUUUGGGAUUUGGCUGAAGGGAAGAAACUCUACUCCCUCGAUGCCGGGUCAAUCAUUCAUGCCCUCUGCUUCAGCCCUAAUAGGUACUGGCUCUGUGCUGCUACUGAGGCCAGCAUUAAGAUUUGGGAUUUGGAAAGCAAGAGCAUUGUUGUGGAUCUCAGAGUUGACCUCAAGCAAGAGAGCGAAAUGUCAGCUGAAGGAAAUAAUACUGCUGCCAAAAAUAAGAUCAUAUUCUGCACCAGCUUGAGCUGGAAUGCUGAUGGAUCCACACUUUUCAGUGGAUAUACAGAUGGUGUCAUCAGAGUCUGGGGCAUAGGUCGAUACUAGAUGGAAGAAUUUAGAAGAAGUCAUAUGAUCAUAGGACAUGUUUGUUAUUUAAGUCAUCUAGAGUUUUUUGUUUAAAUUGUUCCCCGAGGAUAUCCGGUUUACUCCUAUGGUUUGUGUUUUUGAGAUGAAUUGUUGUGUUUUUUGGAUAUUAACAAGCAUUUUGUGUUUGCAACAAUAUUAUAAAUUCAUGUUACUUUUACACA